AUGGCUGAGGACCAUGGGACCUUGAAGUCUGGGUUUGGGGCCAUGGUGGGAGCCACAGGCAGCCGCCCAGGCCUCCCGGAGAAGCCAGUUCCCACGGCCGCCAGCCCCACUCUGUCCUCGCUGGGCGCCGUCUUCAUCCUCCUGAAGUCCGCGCUGGGGGCCGGCCUGCUCAACUUCCCCUGGGCCUUCUACAAGGCGGGUGGGGUGACCCCUGCCUUCCUGGUGGAGCUGGUCUCCCUGAUCUUCCUCAUCAGCGGGCUGGUCAUCCUGGGCUACGCUGCUUCCGUCAGCGGCCAGGCCACCUACCAGGGCGUGGUCGGAGACCUGUGCGGCCCCACCAUCGGGAAGCUGUGUGAGGCCUGCUUCGUCGUCAACCUGCUCAUGAUCUCCGUGGCCUUCCUCAGGGUGAUUGGGGACCAGCUGGAGAAGCUGUGCGACUUGCUGCUGCCCAGCGCCCUGCCGGCCCUGCAGCCCUGGUACGCCGAGCAGCGCUUCACCCUGCCCCUGCUGUCCGCGCUGGUCAUCCUGCCGCUGUCCGCCCCGCGGGAGAUCGGGUUCCAGAAGUACACGAGCAUCCUAGGCUCCCUGGCCGCCUGCUACCUGGCCCUGGUCAUCAUGGUGCAGUACUACCUUGGGCCCCCAGGCCUCGUCCAUGAGCCCCGCCCUGCAGCGAGGCCCUCCUCCUGGACCUCCAUGUUCAGCGUCUUCCCGACCAUCUGCUUCGGAUUCCAGUGUCACGAGGCCGCGGUGUCCAUCUACUGCAGCAUGCGCCGCCGGAGCCUUUCCCACUGGGCCCUGGUCUCCGUGCUGUCCCUGCUGGCCUGCUGCCUCAUCUACUCGCUCACAGGGGUUUAUGGCUUCCUGACCUUCGGGACGGACGUUUCUGCCGACAUCUUGAUGUCCUACCCUGGCAACGACGUCGUCAUCAUCGUGGCCCGGGCUCUCUUCGGGGUCUCCAUCGUGACUGUCUAUCCCAUCGUGCUCUUCCUGGGGAGGUCGGUGAUGCAGGAUUUCUGGAGGAGGAGCUGCUACCGGGCAGGUGGGCUCGGGGCCCUGGCGGAGCCCUCAGGGCCGUGGGUCCGGGGGCUGCUGACCGUGCUGUGGGUGGCCGUGACGCUGGCCAUGGCCCUGUUCCUGCCCGACCUCAGCGAGAUCAUCGGCAUCAUCGGGGGCAUCAGUUCCUUCUUCAUCUUCAUCUUCCCAGGCCUGUGCCUCAUUUGUGCUGUCGGCGUCGAGCCCGUGACUCCGCGCGUCAAGUGCUGCUUGGAGGUGUGGGGAGCGGUCUCCGUGCUCGUGGGCACCUUCAUCUUCGGGCAGAGCACGGUGGCCGCGGCCUUGGAGCUCUUCUGAGCGGGAGGGGGUCGGCCCGGCCUCCACGCGGCGCUGGUACGGCACCCGUGUCCUUCGAUCAUAAAGAUGCUGCAGAAACGGAUGCGUCCUGUCUCCUGAGGGGGCUCAUUUGGGCUUCUGUGGGUUCGGAGGGUUUCGGGUGCGGUGCCGAGGAGGGUGUAUUGAUGUCCUGGGACUCCUCUAACAGAAGGCCACGUGCUGGGGGCCUCAGACGGCAGCCGUCGAUCCCCGCAGUCCCGGGGGCUGGGGUCUGAGAUCGAGGCUUGGGCAAGGCCGUGCUCCCUCAGAGGGCUCUCGGCGAGCCCUCCCGCCUUCAGCCUCCUCCGGCCGCUGGUGUUGCUGGCCAUCCUGGGCAUGGCUUGGCCUGUAGGUACACCCCGCUCGCCUCGGCUCCCUGCCCCCGACAUGGCGUCCGCCCUGCGUGUCUGUCCAGAGUUCCCUCCUCUGACGAGGAUGCCAGUCACUGGCUCUGAAGCACCCUAGUGCAGGGUGACCUCCCCUUAACUUAGAGGCUGCAAAGAUGUCACAGUCACAGGUCCCCAGAGUCAGGACUUCCGCUUACCAUCUCCAGGGGACACAGUUCAGACCAGAAGUUGGGACUGAGGCCCAGGGACCUCAGCUUUGGCCCCCACUCUGAUGGGAGGACCCCGAGGAGAGCCCCCUUUCCCUUUGGGCUGGACCUGAAGAGCCUGGGAGCCCAGUGGACAGUUGGCUCCGUCCCUCCUUCCCGACCCCAGCCAGUCCUGGGGUCAGGGUCACACCUGCAGCUGAGGACAGGGGGCCCCGGGGGUCGGCCCCGGGCCCA